AUAAAAAGGAGUUGAAGUUUCCAGGUUUGGUGAGCAUGACGGCGACGUUUCGAUGCGUACGAGUGCGAUCAAAUGAUGACUGGGUGAAUGAAUUAGCGUACCAUGCGUCGGUGAGGAUUGGAGGGCAUGUGUUUUGCGGUCUUCUUCAUGAUCAAGGCCCUUCUCUUGCUCAGACUUCCUCAGUCCCUCUUCUUCAGCAUAACAAUCUAAUCAACGUAGCAACACAGACGACCCAUAAUAUUGAUGCCGCAACAAUGGCUCCUCCAUUAUCAUCUUCUUCUGCUCGUGACUCUAUCUUUCAUCCAACAUACCCUUUUCCCCUACCACCUUCUAUGCCUUAUUUCUCCAACCCCCAACCGUAA